AUGGGGGAGACAGGUGGAAUGGUGGAUGGUGAAAGACAGGGAGAGGGUGUGGCAGAUCUUUUUGUCCAAGAGCAAUCUAAAGUGUCAGUGAAGGCUGGACGCUCCAUCUCUGUCCCAUGUCUCUAUGAGUCACAGUACACACACCAUGUCAAAUACUUGUGUAGAGGAGAUAAAUUCGGCAACUGCUACACUGAAGUUAAAACAAAUCAACGAAACAGUUCAGGAAAGUUUUCAAUCUCUGAUGACAAACACCAAAGAAUCUUCACUCUGACUUUUAAUAAUCAGUCUGUUGAUGACACACAUUACUGGUGUGCUGUGGAGAAGAAUAAUGGAUCACACGACGCAAAGCGUUUUCAGCUGUCAGUCACCAGAGGUUCACCUCAACUCUCUGUGGAUCAUCAGGAGAUUACAGGAUUUAAUGGAGAUGAUGUUACCAUCCAUUUUAAGUAUAAUAUCUCUGGAGAGAUUCAGUGGUGCACGCUGGGAGGGUCCUGUGUGAAGGAGCAGUCUGGAUCACUAAAUGGAGCAAGAAUGACUAUCAAUGCAAAUGAUUUCACUGUGACACUGAGUGGACUGAGGACAGAGAGCAGCGGCUGGUAUUUAUGUACCAAAGGAGACCUACAGAUGCCAGUGCAUGUGACUGUUAAAGAGAGACCCAGCACGAGUAAGUACCACACUACUAAGUAG